UGCAAGGGUGUGAGCAUGGCACAGGGGGGCACGGUUGAACGCCUUGUGGCCGGUCGCCCGUCUUGAGCAAACACCUAAGCUGCCAACAAUUAGUUUGUCUCCCUACGACGUCUUUGUGCCAGUCUGAGCUGUCCCUCUUGUCCGUAAAGUGAAGCAUUUCCUCGACACACGCAGCACACAACAGUGUGCCUCCCGUUAUGUGCAUCUGAACACGUAUAUCAACUUUAAGAUAGGGGCAUUUUGCAGGUCUUGCCACGCAGGUCCCGACAGCUGAAAUACCCUAAAAUUGCGGGUGCAAUUCAUCGUUGUGGAUGCCUCCUCUCCAGCAAGGGAGUGUGCCCGUGGCACUGGCCCGGCUCGCUGACGAUACACGGUGUCCGGUUUGCUUUGGCAUCUUAAAGCACACAGUCACCUCAACGGUGUGCCUGCACCGGUUCUGCGCUCAGUGCAUUGACCACUGCCUGGCGGGAAGGCCUCCCGACCACAAGGAUUGCCCUGUGUGCCGGACCAACCUGCAUAGCAGGCGCUCACUGCGACCAGACCCCUCCUUUGACCGCCUGCUGCGCGCGCUGUACGGUGACGUGGCCGCGUACGGCGCCGCCGAGGACGCGCUCGUGGCGGAGUGCAACGCGGCGGCGGCGCAGUCGGCGGCGGCGGCUCAGGAGGAGGCGCUGCGGAGGGCGCAGAAGGCGGCGCAGGCGGAGGCGCUGGCAGCCAAUUGGCCGUACUACCACCGCGGCGGCGGCAAGGGAGGCGCGGGCAGCGGCGGAGGAGGCGGCGCGGGGGCGGGCUGCGUGCGGACGGGCAGCACACCCUCCGCGCACGCCAUCGCGCGCCAGUGCAGCAACACAACAACCUCCACCACCAGCCAUGACACAGGCGGCGCCGGCACCGGCGCCGCCGCCGCUGCAGGCAGCGGCCACGGCCACGGCCACGCGGCGGCCAAGCGCUCCCGUGAACCCAGCCUUGAUGCCGCUGCCGCAGGUGCCGGCAGUAGCAACGGCUGCGGCUCGCCGAGAGUCAAGCGCCGCCCGUCGGCGGCGCAGCUGCCUGGCCCGACCGGCAGUUCGCUGCUGCCGCCGGCGUGUGGCUCGACCACCGGUGCCGGCACCGCCGCCGCCGCCAUCGGCGGUGCCGCGGAUGGGGCGGCGGCACCCGGCAUGUCGCGCCGCUUCUCAGUGCAGCAGCAGCAGCUACAGCCGCAGCAGCUACAGCAGCAGCAGCAGCGGGCUGCUGUGACGGGAAUCGGGCGGCGGGCGUCUAGCAUCCUGGGCUCGCCGCCUCCCGCGGCGGCGGCGGUCGCCUCAGGCCCCACCGCCGGUGCCACUGCGGCCGCGAACACGCCCUCACGCGGCGGCAGCGCGCGCGGCGGCUCGCCGCAGCCUUCUCCUCAACCUCGCGGCGGCCACCAUCACCCCCACCCCCACGCCCACCACCAAGCGCCCAGUGGCGGCGGCGGCGGUGGUGGUGAUGACGUGGCUAUGGUACCCAGCAGCCCUGGCCUCGGCCAUGGCUCGGCCCAUGCGGCGGCGGCGCCGCCGCCGCAAGGCUUGGGCCCGGCCGCCAGUGCCAGUCUGGCUAGUCUGACCAGCCUGCUGCCACGGGGGGCCCAGCUGGCGGUGCCCACAGCGCGCUGCGCCGCCGAGCUGUCGUACCGCCACCCCUCCAUGGUUGUGUUGCAGCUGCGGCCGGCGCCGCUCGAGGCGGUGGCGGCGGCGGCGGGCGAGGCGGCGGCCGUGGCGGCGGCGGCGACAGGGCUAGCCGGCGGCGGCGGCGGUGCCGGAGGCGGAGCCGCAGCAGGCGGCGGGUGUGGGGGCCGGGUGCUACGCUCCGCGACCCUGCCGCCCCUUGAGAAACCCUUCCUGCUGGUGCCACUCAAGUGGACAGUGGCGCACAUUGCACAGCUGUUGAGCCAAUGGCUGCCGCCUCGGCGGUUGCCCGCCACCACAGCCGGCGGCGCCGCAGGCGCCGCCGCCACCUCGGCCGCUGCGACCGCGGGCGAGCUGGCGCCCUGUCCCGCCUCGUGCAUACGUCUGGAGCCCGCGACCGGCUGCCCGCGCCACCACCGCUACCUGCGCGGCUGCACCACACUGGGGGCGCUGGCAGCGGAGCUGCGCGCGCCUGGCAGCGGCGGCGGCGGCGGCGGCGGCGGCGGCGGCGGUGGAGCCGGGGGCGAUGGCUGGCCCGCGGGCGACAGGAGCCGCAGCAGGGAGGGAAGCAGCACGUUCAGCAGCGCCAGCGGAGGUGGGGGCGGUGGGGCGCUGUCGCGGCGCGGGUCGAGGAGUACCCCGGGCGUGGGCGAGGGCGCUGCUGGAAGUGGCGGAGGAGGAGGAGGAGGCGGCAGCGGCGACUACUCGCACUUGGUACUCUAUUACUCGGUGGAACCUACAAUGUCGUGAUGUGCAUCAGGCUGCUUUUAGGACGGCUAGGUACCGGUAAUCGCAGUGGAUGGCAGUUUGUACUCCUCGCGUAGUGCCACUAGCUAGUGCAGCGCGCACUAACGCAGACACACGACGCAACUAUCAAACGGAACCCCAUAAGCAUGGGAGCUAUCCUUGCAAGCUGGUGGUAGUCUUCGAUUAUGGAGGUGGAUGCCUGAUCACGUCCCCCGGACUGUUCUGUGGAGCAGCUUACUAAUAAAUGCGAUGGGACAGGUUCAGGGGAAGGUUGGCACAGUACUUCCGCCUCUGGUGUCGCCAAGGUCGGGCCGUGCUGACUCUUCUUGUGUCAUUAGUGGCAACGGUUGGUGUGCCCGCACAAUCCUGCAAAGUAACCGCCGCUCUAAGGCGAGCCGCGGCCGCUGUGAGUGUUGUUGAUGGCAAGGUUCGAUGGUCCAUUCCGGACGGGUGGUUGCAGGGAAGGCAAUAGUGCGAUGGGACAGGGUAAGGGGCAGGUUGGCGUGGUCCCAUAGUGUACAGUGUACUCCCAGACCGCAAUGUUCAAGUUGCAGCGUCGAGGCAAGAUUGCGCGGCUGGUAUAACGCCCGAGUUACGUGCCGAGACGCUGACUUGCUGGCAGGCUGGUCGUUUGCUGACGCGCAUUGAAGGCAAGGAUGGAGGGCCGUGUCAGGGCCGGCGUUGCCUAUGAAGCAUAGUCAGCGGCCCCUGCGUGCACACAGACUGCCGUGUCCUGUGCCGCAAGACUUGCAACCAGCCUGCGACUCGCAGCCAGCCUGCAUGCGGCAUCCCAGUUCAUGAUCCAUGCCCUUACGUGCGUGAGCGAAAUUUUGCGGGGCGAGCGUCUCGCUGGGUUACCCCUUGUGCCUGCAGGCGCUACUGCCGGUACACCCGUCCCGGCGCUGCAAUGCUGCCGCCAAGCGAACCCCCCUAGGUAACUAUGCAGAUUUUUUGCGAACCCAGGUACCGUACAUGGUACGUGGCACCCGACCCGCGUCAACAUUUAACGUGCCAUAACCAUGUGGGGUGUAGUUAGUGACAUUCCCAACACCUUCCCCUCCCAAGAACCGUAUGGCGUGCGUGGCACUUGUCCGGUGGGACCCGGCUGACAGAGUAAGAGGCAUCAUUACAACCGGUGCGUGUGCCAUCACACCAGGGGGGCACCAUGCCGAGGGGUCUGAAUAUGUUCCCCUCACUCAUGCGGCCGAGUUAGCUGCUCGGACAAGUUGCAAUGGCUUUCACAUGCUACAUAUAUCAUAGAUAUCAGUAGACAUUAACGUUUGCCGACGAUCGUGCAAAUAGAUGUUAAAUGCUUUGCGCCAACGGACCCUGUAGCUCCGAGACAAGGCUCAAUCUAACGCUUAGCAAUCAUAAAGUCUUCCAACGUGCGAUUUAGGCUCAAAGCAACCCUUUGGAGACUAGUCGUGACCUGGAGUCGGGAUCGCGAGGAGGCCUCCUCUUCGUUCAAUAAGUAGUUUUACAACAUCCGCCGAUCUUUAUAAAUCGAC